UGUGCUAUUUACCUAACCUGGAGCGACAUGGAGUCCUGGCGAUACCCCGCCAAGCUUCCAGCAGAUGCCCCACCCCGAAUUGGGGGAUAAGCCGCCUGCAUUAGCGCAGAUACAGCACGGACGUCACCGACUGGUCACAGGACUCACCGCGCCAGGCCAGUACGGAGCGAAGCCCCCCAAGAUAUUAACUCCGAAAGGCGAAGAGAAAGGGCAAUUGAGGACAAAUUGCGGGCGGACGGGAGAAGAAAAUAUCCUUGCGAGCUCUCCUCCUCGCAGUCCUCUUUACUUUCCCGAGCCAAGCACGCACCAAAGAUGGCCGAAUCAGAGAGCCCGCCAAAGAUCGUCAUCCAUGGCCGCGUCCACGACCUACCCGACCUCUGGGAUGGCCACGAUGACUGGACAGGCGUCACGAGCACUGCAGAGAGGAAACGUCGACAGAACCGCCUCAACCAGCGCGCCUAUCGCCGUCGGAAGAGAGGUGCAAGCAGCAACGUCCCACCACCACCACCAGCAGUACCACCACCAACCAGGGACGACGAGGUCCAGAUCCCCACUGAAGACGCUCCAUGUGUCCUGGCCAUCUGCUCCUCCUACACCACCUCCACCUCUACCAUAUCAUCACCCAGCAGCAACGAUGGACCGCUGCAGCAGGCCCUCGUAAAGGUGCAGGAUGACGAGCCACAUCCCUGCCCACGACAGGACUCCCAGGACAGUCUCGAAGAUGACCCCGAGACCUGGGACGCGAGCAUCAUGCAGUGCACGCCUCACCGCGUCGCCCGCAUCCGCAGCCUCAUCCGGCAGGCCUACGAGGACCACGCCCUCCACGCGCCCCGGAUCGACCAGCUGCCCAUCCUCAUCCGCAUCAACGUCAUGAACGCCAUGGUCCGCAACGCCGUCCGCAUGGGCAUCCACGUCCACGGCCUCUGCCACGAGGACUACCUCUCCCCCUUUACCGUCCACGACCCCCCACACCCCAACACCGUCCUUGUCCACCGCCUGCCCGACGCCCUGCGGCCGACUGACCUGCAGCGCGCCUACGCGCACCACCCCUGGACGGACCUCUUCCCCUUCCCCCGAUUCCGGGACAAUGUCCUGCGCGCCAUGCAGGCCGGCCUGCUCGACGAGGACGAGCUGUGCGCCGAUGUCAUGGAGGUCCGUCAGGCCCACGUCGCCGAGGCCCCGAGCCUCAUGAUCUGGGGCGAGAGCUGGGACGCCAUGGCCUGGGAGGUGACGCCUGCCUUUAUCAGGAAAUGGGGCUGGCUGCUCCGCGGCUGCCAGGACAUGAUGGCCGCCACGAAUGUCUGGCGCACCAGGCGAGGGGAGAGGGCGCUGCCUGUCUUGACUUGGUUGCAAGAGAGUGCGGUACAGUAAUACAAUCCGUUGACAUGUACGUGCUUACAUGCUGUCAUACGCGGUAUAUAUGGUUAUAUAUACACACACCUAUAUACAUAUAUGUAUAUCUCUAUACUGCAUGUGCCUCUAUACAAACCAUCUACAGCUUCGUCUCGCUCA